AUGGAGGGGAUAUCCGUGGCCGUCUGCGAGAUUUUGAGAUAUUUAAUUAUUCACUGGAAAUGUGAAACAGCAGGAAUAUCAAAGGGAGUGUUGCUAGAAGGACAACUCGUGAUUUCCAUAGAGGCGCUGAAUUCUAAGCACCAGGAAAAUGCUCUUCACUGUGUAACAACUAUUGCUUGCGCAAGCAGCAGUUAUGGUGGCUUGGUCCCCAAGAAGUUCCUGAAAGAAAUACGGUCUAUACUACCGGGAUUGUCUGCAAAGCUGAGGUGGACUUCAGAGGAAGCCAGCUGUUCCCCGGACGCAUCAAAGGUCUCACCCUUCCGGGUGAUUUUUGAGGUUGAUGAAGGGCCCAGCAUGCUGAUGACAGACUGUCUGGCUAUAAAGGAUUUUUUACGCAGAAUCAUCGUGGUGCACCCUAAGAUCGGGUUUAAUUUCAGUGUGAAGGUGAAUGGAGCCCUCUCCAUGGAGAUCUUUGGCACAGAGAAUGAACCCAUUUUUCACCUACUAAAUGGAAGUGCUCUUGCCGUGAACCAUCAGCAUUACGUGAGACCAAAAUGUGGAGUACCCGAGUUCCUCUGCAGCAGAAUCCACCCUGUGCCAGGACACCCAGUAACGGUCUCUAUCCCGGAUGAUGUGGCUGGCAUGGGCGUGUUGGGGGAGCUGGUACUGACACCAGCUGCUGCUCUGUGCCCUUGCCCGAAGGCCUUUUCCAACCAGGAGAACAGGAUUUCGUCAGUUUCCAUGUUUCUCUAUGGACCGUCGGGUCUGCCUCUGAUACCGCCCGGUCAGGAGCAGCCAGCUGCCAUCUUCACAGAGCUCACUUGUGUCAUUGACUGGAAGAAAUACCACUUGUGUGUGGGCCCCAGUGUGGAUUACAGCUCGGACAGAGAUUUGGUGCUUCCAGAUGUGAGUUAUCAGGUGGAGUCCCAGGAGGGGGCUCAGGCUCAGAAUGUGGACCCCUGGGGACAGACUCUGCUGCUUUUCCUCUUUGUGGAUUUCCACAGUGGAUUUCCAGUCCAGCGAAUGGAACUCUGGGGAGUCCACACCAUGCUCACAGCUCGUCUAGGUGCCGUCCUGCUGGAGCACCAACGAGCAGUACGAGACUCCGUCCACAUCGCCGUGGACCAGGCCUUGGAGCAGCAUCACCAGGCUGCAGAGGCACAUCGGAAACUGAGGGCCUCACACGCCGUGGCCGUGAGUUCCAUCAUGAGUGUCGUCAGUGGCAGCACCAGCAGCAGCUUCCGACAGCUGUGUCUCCAGGCCCUGCAGGAGCUGCCUGCCCAGAACGAUGGGGCCCAGAACGCAGAGGACACAUGUGAGCGGAGCGGCCCGGAGCGCCUUCCAGAGACCAGCGGACAGGCAGAGGGCAAGAGGCGCAAGAGGAGCGCGGAGGAGACGCUGGGCUUCCGCUCUCCCCCGGCCGUGAGCCCGCCAGGGGCCAUCCCGCGACGCCUGGAGCCCACGGAGGCCUCCCUGGACCCCAAGGAAUGGGAGGCCGGGCCGGACCGCGGCAGGGUCCCAGCUCCGGGCAGCGCGAGCCCCGAGAGUGGCCUGGAGGUACCGGCUGGGGCUGAGCGGGGCCGGGAGGUGGACCACCCCGCGGUCAUCAAGCGGCGCUUCACCAGCGUCCUGGUGGUGUCCAGCCUCUCGCCGCUGUGCGUGCUGCUCUGGAGGGAACUCACGGGCAUCCAGGUGCGAAGGGGCGGGGCAGGGGCCGCGGGGCGCGCUCGGGGCGAGGCGCGGGGGAGACUGAUGCCUCCGUUCUUGUGGCUCAGCCAGGCACAUCCCUGCUCACCCUGA